AUGAAAACAUUUACUUUAUAUUUAAAAAUUUUUACAUUUCUUCUUUUAAUUUGGAUAUUCCAUUGUUUUUACAACUAUGAUUCCAAUAAGUCAUUGAUUAAUAGAGAUAUAUUACAAACAAAAAUUGGAUUAAAACACAAAAGAAUGUUAGCAGAUGGUGAUAAAUCAGAAAAAAAAUCAUCUUAUAUUAAAAAACGUGUAGAAUAUUAUCCAUCUGGUGAUAUGGAGAUUGAACUUUAUGAGUUGGUUCAUUUAAUGGAUAUGUAUUUUAAAUUUUAUAACGCUAAUAUUUUAUCAAGGUAUGUAGAAGAAGUUUUAUUUAAAAAAGAAAAUGAAAUGAGAUAUAAAUGUAGAGAUAAAAUAUUGAAUGCCUAUCGAAAGAAUAUUUCAGUAGAAAGGGUACUAGAAUCUUUUAACUGUCUCAUUAGUGUCGUAUUACAAACGUAA